ACAUCAGCCAAUCAUGGCAACGCUGUGACGAACUUCCUAUAUAGCCUUGUUGCACUUUUGUUUGCCACCUUCAUGAAUAAAAAAAACUGUUAGGAAAACCUGUUUGCUGUAGCAUACAAAACAGAUUAGAUCUGGCUAAGGUGGCGCGCGUCGCUGGUGUUAAUGCAAGCAGUAAGGACAGAAGUGUCUCACUCCCGCAAACAGACCAGACUUUAUUGAACGUUCGCCGUCGCACGGAGACAACUUAAGUGAACAGAGCUCGCUUUGGACGCCACGUCCUGACAAGAUAAGACGAAGUAUUCGCUCAUAAACCGCACCGGGCCUCCUAUUCUUCUUCUUCUCCCUGCUGUUAGUCGGCUAGCAAGCUGCUAGCAAGGCAGCGAUAUAGCAAGUAGCUUAUUAGCUCCAACAAAAGAGGGGAGGAAGCGGAAGGUCUGCUGACUGUCAUCUGGAAACACAUCGACGAAGAAACCCGAUGUUGCGAAAUCGCUGAAUUAUCCCCUUCGCUUCUGCGGAGAAUGGCCGACCGCCGAAUAGCUGCGCUAACACUGGCUCCACACCUUCAUCGCACUCUCGUCUCCUCUUCUCUCCUGCAGGAAGCCUUCAUUGCCAUUGAGGGGAUUUAUGGGCUCACAAGCCUCAAAUUUGCGAUCAGCUGAUCGGCACGCAGUGUUUUGACGUGGCGUCACGCGCAGCUGUGCAAAAUGUGACAUGUCGUGAUAGGGAGUAAAAGCCCUGACGACGUGCUUGUUUGGCUUUGCUUAAAACGUGCAACGUGAUGCAUGCAAGGCAAUCAUGGAGAAAGUAGCACUAAACUAGACUGGAGUGUUUUUUGUGUAUGAGAGACUUUUUAAUUGUGUUUGCAUGUGUGUGUGCAGUUUCAUCUGAUGAAAUGAGUGUGCGUGCCGGCCAGGGGAGUGAUGAGGUGCUGGUGUCACAGGCUGUGUGGGACUACCUGGCGGCGGCCGGGAGGCCGUGGCUCCUCGACUUCCAGCACAAACAGGGCAUGAGCGCCGGCAUUAUCCGGCGGGGAGAGCGAGGUGGCUGCUGUGCUGUGAGGCUGCAGCCUGUUGGAGGCUCCAGGCUUUCCGGGGUUACAGACGCACCCGUCUCCAGCGAGGCGAGGAAAGCUUUCAUCGACCUGUGCCGCUGCGCCCGCAAAGAGAUGAGCAAGCAGGAGGGAGGCUCCAAAAGAAAGAGGACCCUACUGCCAUGCGUGGGGGUCCUGGAGCCCAAAGGAGAGGGGAACCCGCUUCACGCUCAGCCGCCACCGCCACAGCCUCGCCGCUCCCAGAGACAGCAGCAGCAGAAGUUCAGGAAGGCUGCCGAAGAAGAGGCCUGCUCCAUGUUCCACGAGGUGGCCCACAGGAAGGAUUGUGGGAUGGCUUCCCACAGCGAGGCCGAGGACAACACGUCAUGCUCCAUUUGCAUGGGAGACAUUGUGGAGAAGACCACCCUGGAAAAGUGUGGCCACUCCUUUUGCCGCUCUUGCCUGGAUCAAGCUUUCAAGGUGAAGAGGGCCUGUCCUGUGUGUCGGCUUGUUUACGGCCAGUUGAUUGGUAACCAGCCCGCCAAUGGCACCAUGAUUGUUGAGCGAGAUCCGUACCUGCAGCUUCCGGGUCACGAAGGCUACGGGUGUAUCUGCAUCAUUUACAGCUUCCCUUCUGGCUCACAGGCGCUAGAGCAUCCAAACCCGGGUGUGCGGUACCCAGGAACAGACCGUGUGGCCUACCUCCCUGACAGCCCUGAGGGGAACCGCGUGCUGGGCCUCCUGCGCCGGGCCUUCGAGCAGCGCCUUACUUUCACGAUCGGUACCUCGAUGACGACAGGCUUUCAAAAUGUCAUCACCUGGAACGACAUUCACCACAAGACCUCAAUAUGGGGCGGGCCCCGCUGUUUUGGCUACCCAGACCCAACUUAUCUAGUGCGAGUGACAGAGGAGCUCAGAGAGAAAGGCAUCACGGCAGACUGACAGCACUAAAGUGAAAACCCCUUCAGGACUUGCUGGUGUCAAGGUGGUGGACAUGGCUUGGCUCCAGGUUUUUUCUGUCAAUGUUCUCCCGCUCGUCCCCGUGAAGGUGUUUGGGCCCUCAGCAGACAGGUGCUGCAACCGAGUCCCAUCCAUUCAUUUGCACUCAUUUUUCUUCGAGGGUUCAGUUUAACUUGUGGGAGGAAGGCGAGAAUGAGUGCAGUGCAUUCUCAAAGGACACAAUCCUCCACCUGUUUCUUUUGGCAAUAGCACUCGCAUCUGUUGCACAUGCUUGAAUUCAUGGUAUUUUAUUAUUAUUUAGGACAUCGCACUUGCUCUUAUGAUGAAAAAUUAUGUUAAGAAUGUUUGUGUUUCUGCUCUGGCCAUUUCAUAAUCACCUCUAGGCACAUGUUUAUGAUUUUGUCUUAUUUUGUUUGCUCACGUCUCUAAAGUAGAUGUCCUUAUUUCCUGUUGACAGAAAAGCACUGCUUAUUUCCCCCCCCCACUUUCUCCUAAAGUUAUUGCAUUCUACAGCACUCAGCUGCACUUUUUUGAUAAAUGAGUGUUUGUUUCUUUAUAAAGCACCUGUUUUUCUUCCUGAUUCUCUUUGAACAUUUAGGGGAAACAGUUCACAAAAGUUGAUGUAAUUUGUUUUUCCUAAAAUGAGAAGUGUGUUAAAUGAUAUGUUCCUUUAUAUAGCGCACACCAGGAUGCCCUCCCUGCUGGCCAACAGUCACCCAUCUUGUUUCAGGAUGUCUCUCAGGCAUCAAGCCCAUGACCUUACUUGUUAGUAAUCUGCUCAUCUAAUUAUCAGAUUUAUGAAGAUGUCAAAUAUUAAGGGCAUACAAGCCACUAAACCAAAUCAAAGGCACAAACGCUCUUUAAAAAAUCUAAUCUAUGCCUCUGUCCCUGUUAUACUGGGAGAUUUGCUUGCUGGACCUCAUUAAAAAUGAGACUGCUGUUGGAAAUAUGUCAUCGGAAUUCAUGAUAAAUCUACAGAGGGAAAAAAAUUAAACAAUGAUUAAUGAUUCGAAUUGUUAAGAUGUGGGUUUUUUGUGCCUUUUCUGAUGCUCACUUUUGAUAAAACUCAAGCAUGUUCCAAUGGAUGGUAAACAAAGUACAUUUGGGCAUAUUUCAAUGUUUUUGGUCAACCAGAUGAUGUUUGUUGCUAUACUUAAAUUGCUUUAAGGUAAAAUACACUGUUCAUUCAUUUUAUUUGGAUUAUCUUUUCCUUGAACUUUGUAGUCCAAAUAUUCUUGAUUUAAUGGCGUUCUAUGGAGGUGAUUUGCUAAGUGCAGUAACCUGCUUGGCCAGUGAUACAUUAAUACCCUUUGGUUUUACACCCCCAUAUUUUUGUUAAGGGACCAAGUGAUUUUCUUUUUUGGACACAGGAUUGUAGUUUACUAAAAGCUACUGUGCAAACAUUUCUAUGCAUUAUGAGGUAGAGGAGUGGCCAUGAGGAGGCGAACCGUUUGAGAGCUUACACAUGGUACAAAUAGAUAAGGUUCCAGUUUUGCUUUUCUAACUGUCAAUUUGUUGAUAUUCAGAAUAAUGUGCUUUACAUUUUAAUACUUGAAUAAAAAACUUAUGUUUGA